GGGACACUUAUAAAUAUGAAUCUUCUGAACUUUGAUGGUGUGGCCACGGGAAUGCCGCGAUGGUCACGUCUGUGAAAAAUGGUCAUUUCUUCAGGGCCGUUAUAAGCUUUUGAACGGUCGCUAUACGAACGGUGGUAACUCAAGGACAACCUGCACUUCAUCUAUUUUGGACCCGGCUUGCAGGUAAAUGUUUCCCAAAAUCUCUAGUCAAUGAAACCGUUGCUCAAGCUGCAGAUGAGCCGUUUCCAGGGUUGCUUUGUUAAUCAAAAGAAGAAGAAGAAAGGGUGCGCCCAUUAAAAUCACACCGCUCCGAAAGCUGACCACGGAAACAGGUUUAUUCAAAUCGGAGCACUCAGCGAGACAUGGAAAUCUGGAGCUGUUUGGAGAGAGAGAGAGACCUGCUUGCUUUUGAGUGCAAAGCGGCAGGAAGGAAAAUCUCGGGGACACGACAAGGUCCCCCAAAUAACGACUCAACAACCCAGAGAUCCACUGGGUUAAUAUAGGUCCCCAAACUUGGCAACGUUAAGAUUUGUGGACUUAAAACUCCCAGAAUUCCACAAGUCUUAACGUUGCCGAGUUUGAAGACUUCUGAUAUAGACUGUUUGAUCCAGUCCAGGGAUCCCAAUUUGAUUUGCAAGCAAAAUUUGGCUUCGUUUUUCCCCCCGAUGGGUUUGGCCUAAAUCAACUUUUCUUCCCGGCCCUGUAGAAGAGAGUGAGUGUGUAGCUAGGCUCAGCUAGAUGAUCUUUGAGGAAUAGGGUCCUUCCUGCAUCCUUGGCUGGGGAAUUCUGGGAAUUAAAGUCCACAUGUCUUAAAAGUUGCUAAGAUUGACAAAGGCUGGUGAUGCAAAGAUUGCAGCGUUGCACUCUGAAUUCUACGUUCUGUGCUUAACUCACAUUUUGUUUGGCUUAUAUUAUCAAAUGUUCUGUCUUUGAGGCUUCUCCUUGUCCAGCCUACCCUACCUCGCAGGGAUGUUGUGUUGUUGGGGGGGGCGGAAGGCUUAGCUGACCUUUUCAUGUUCCGAUUUGGUUGCUGCUUUUGAAAUAUGACUUUCCUGUCGCGGAGGCAGCCGGAGGGACGGAUAACUGACCUUAACUCUGCUCUCCGGAGUGAAAUUGCAAGAUUUGCAUAGAUUGAAUGCAAGCAGUUGUAGGUCUGUAAUUAGAAGCACCCAAUAUGUAAAACAGAUGCCAUGUGAUGUCCUCUCAACCCACCCACCCCCAAUUUAGAUGCAAAUUGUCAGGAUAUCAAGAGUUGCUCUUUUAAAUAGCCCAUCCACAGAAUCAUUCCUGCUCAUCGGAAUUGGGUUGAGAUUUUGGACUUUGCCGGAUGAUAGCCAGACCGUCACAUCUGGAGUUCCUUCCUAUUCUUGUUGGGAGCUGGGGUAGCGGUUAGAGGCAGGAAUUGGGGGGGGGGGGUCUGUGGUUUGGAGAGAAAAAAGCAACGGUUUGCAUUUUUAAAUUUUUCUUAGGGUUUAUUGGUAACGCCGGCUCUUCAAAUUGUUUGAAAUGAUAGGUUGGGCUUUUACUGGGAAGUUAAGUUCGAAUUGUAGAUUUGCUAAGCAGAAGAAAUAAAUUGAUAUAUAGAAGGACCUCAAGGUUUAUGAACUGGGGUUUGAGCACCAUCAAAAGGUAUCUUCUUCUUCCUGGACAUGAAGUGUCUACUUUAAGGACCUUCCAUUGUUGUUCUGCGUUGAUCCUGGGAGAAACCCGAACCCAGCACCCAAUCCGCUAUGCCGAAGUCCUUUCUGAUAAAACGUCGUAAAUCGGCACAGCUAAGAACACGGAACUGGGGUGAACUCUCCGAUCGUCUCCGGGGAGAUUUGUACGUACCAGCAAUGACCACGAUGGUCGUAUUGGCUGAGGAUGAUGGGAAUGAGGGACUCCCACAUCUGGAGGGCGCCCAGUUGGGGAAGAACUCCCAGCAGGGAGAGGAAGCGGUUCAGGGCCUCCUGCAUUUGCAAGUCACUAAAAACUGUGUCCUUGUUGGCUCCCUCGAUGUCUUAGAGACCGGAGGGGUCCCGGCCCUCGUCCACCCCCCAAUUCUCAGCCUCGGCAGCAAAAGCGAGCGGGAUGGAGGAGACGCCCCCCAACGCCUGGCCCAAAUCCCGCUUUCUUUGCAACCACCGGCCGUGGGAAAGCAUCUCCCGGGGAACAAGGUGGGCUUCCAGUGCUCCGUCUGCAGCAAAGGCUUCCCGCUGCAGCGCAUGCUGAACCGCCACACCAAGAGCCACAGCCCCGUCAAGAAGCACCUGUGCCACUAUUGCAGCAAAGGCUUCAACGACACCUUCGACCUCAAGAGGCACCUGAGGACGCACACAGGCAUCCGUCCAUACCGCUGCUGCCUCUGCAGCAAAGGAUUCACCCAGCGCUGCUCCCUGGAGUCUCACCUGAAGAAAAUCCACUGCGUCCCCCAGACGUACAGCUACCGGGAACGGCGGGAAAAGCUCUUCGUGUGCGAGCAGUGCGGCUUCACCUGCGGCACCAGCAACGAGUUCUACGGGCACACGCGCCGGGGCCACUCCGCCGGGCCCCACCUGGGGGACGACUUCCCCAAGCCUGGAGCAGCUGCUUUUCAGGCUCCAUUGCAGCUGCUGCUGUGGCCUCGAAGUGGACCUCUUGCCUCACAAUCAGGAGGUUGUGAGUUCGACCCCAGGUAGAGGCAGAUGCAGAGUCUCCUGCUU